GCAUGAUAUCACACGUUGAAACUCUGCUUCAAAGUCCAUUGGAAUCAAGGGGUUUGUCUUUUCCCCCAUGGCCCAACCCUGAACUACAGCAAGACAUGAAGCUCAGGCUGCCUCUUCCCCCUGAUAGCCCAGAGCCCUGGCUUCUCCCAGGCUGCAGCUCGGUAUAUGACAGCCUGGUCAGCUCUAGGACGCCCCAAUCACCUGUGAGUGGAGAUCAGAAUUCCUCUACCAUGAACAAACCUCGCAGAUCCUCUAUUCUUGAGCGGUGCAUCCUGAAGAUUUCUACAGCCAAUGUUGCUGUAGGGACAGAGGAUCUGGAUGAGAUCAAGAGAUCCCCAACAGGACUCCGGUGGCGUUCUCACAACGUGGACCCAUCAUUUUUUGAGACUAAUGAGUCCGUGUUAAAGCGAAGACAAAAGCAGAUUCAGUACGGCAAGAACACUUGUGGUUACCAGAACUAUGUGAAGCAAGUACCAAAGCGUUUUCGGAUCCCGGGGUUUCACCCGUCCACUCCCAACAAAUAUCGCAAAUAUAGCCGAAGAUCGUGGGACAUGCAAGUCAGACUUUGGAGGAGAGCACUGCAUGCGUGGGACCCACCUUUGACUUCUCAAGGAAAUGAUCCAGUUGAUCAACUGCAGGGUUUGCUUGAGCAAAUGAACACUGACAUGGGUGAAGAAGGAAAAGGAGAAAAGGCAAGGAAGUUGGAAGCAUCUGACCCCAAUGUUUCUGUACUUGCUGAACCCACUGAGGGUUCAACAAAUGGGUUCGUUAAGCCUCUCGUACCUCAAGCUGAAAUAAUAAGCCAGCAAGGCCAGCCUUCUGGAUUAGGCUAUACCUUUAACAGUCACCUAACCGCUGAGGAAAAUGUUUUGGGAUGGCUGAGGUUUCUCUUGGAGACUGACGACACAUGCAGUGCAGGCACCUUGCCGAGUGAACAGCCACUAUGGAGAUUUUACUGACUUGCCAUGAUUUCUACGGACCAUGUCUAAACUGUUUCCAGGAAAAUAUGUACAUUUUGUCUCAUCUCUCAAGCAUGCAUGCACAGAGCACAUUGGUGGUAGUUUGGCAUCAAGCAGCAUCUUUGUAACAUGGAUUCAUUGUAUUGUUGUUCAUUGACCCCACAGCAUGUAUUCACUACUUUAUGUUCAUUUUAAGUUUUUAAUUGUCACUAGUUGUAUUUUCACUUGCAUGAACACUUGCUCACAUGCUGUAAAAUCCUGCUCCCAAAAGCAAACUGUUUUGCUGUUCACGGUUUGCCAACUUUACAUCAGGUCCCUUGAUUUCUGCUUCUGUCUUUUUGACUUGGUUGCUGGUAAAUCUUGUGUAGGGUGUUAAUAAUUUAUUUAUUAUUUUUUUUUUUUUUGUACCUUGCAUAUUUUUCUACAACUUUAAAGUAGAGGAAAACAAACCUAAUAAAGAUGUGUUAAAUGUU